GGUGAGAAGUUUUAAGUUAGAAUCUUGAUUUGGUUAGCUCAAAAUAUGAGUCUAGGUGCUUUGAUGGAAGAGAAGAGAAGAGCAACAACUUCAUCUUCUUCUUCUUCUCAGGUACAUAUGCCUACCAAGGAUGUAGAUUGGCAAAUGCUUGAUAAAUCGAGGUUUUUCUUCCUCGGUGCUGCUCUUUUCUCCGGUGUAUCCACUGCUCUUUACCCUAUUGUAGUCCUCAAAACAAGGCAACAAGUCUCUCCGACUCGUGUCUCAUGCGCCAACAUUUCUCUGGCUAUUGCUAGAUUUGAGGGUCUAAGAGGGUUUUACAAGGGGUUUGGUACAUCUUUGCUUGGAACUAUUCCGGCUCGGGCUCUCUAUAUGACAGCUUUAGAGAUUACGAAGAGUAGUGUAGGUCAAGCAACUGUUAGGUUAGGAUUGUCGGAUACUACGGCUUUGGCUGUUGCUAAUGGUGCAGCUGGUUUGACCUCGGCCGUUGCUGCUCAGGUUGUCUGGACCCCGAUUGAUGUUGUGAGUCAACGGCUUAUGGUUCAAGGCGAUCUUUCCUUGAGUAAGCAUCUUCCUGGAGUGAUGAACUCUUGCAGAUACAGAAAUGGGUUUGAUGCUUUUAGAAAGAUUCUUUACACAGAUGGACCAAGAGGGUUCUACAGAGGAUUCGGGAUCUCGAUCUUGACUUACGCGCCUUCAAAUGCCGUAUGGUGGGCGUCCUAUUCUUUGGCUCAAAAAUCAAUUUGGUCUCGAUACAAGCACUCCUACGACCACAAGGAAGAUGCUUGUGGCUCAGUGGUGGUUCAAGCGUUGAGUGCAGCUACAGCAAGCGGUUGCUCGGCUUUAGUAACUAUGCCAGUAGACACAAUCAAGACGCGGUUGCAAGUCCUAGACGCAGAAGAGAAUGGGAGGAGACGAGCAAUGACAGUGAUGCAGUCGGUGAAGAGCUUGAUGAAGGAAGGAGGAUUUGGGGCUUGCUACAGAGGAUUGGGACCAAGGUGGGUCUCAAUGUCGAUGUCUGCAACAACGAUGAUCACAACCUACGAGUUCUUGAAGCGCCUGGCAACAAAGAAGCAGAAAUGAUAUAUGAUAAAUCAUUCAUAGUAGC